ACCGAAGCAGCUGUAAGAGGGAGAAUCAGUCGUCUGCUGUUUGUUGGUUAUCAAUGACGGAGAAAACAAAUGCUUGUGAAGAGCGUCUUACAGAUGGAGCCGAAGACGGUGCCAGCCAGGAGCCGGCGUCUGAACGUCGGAAGAGGCUGCUGUUGCAAGCGGGAUUGGCAAGUCUGGCCGGCCUGGGGAACUUCACCAUGGGCGCGUCACAGCCCUGGCCUUCCCCUGGACUCGCAGACAUGGACGUUAAUAACAGGACUCUGGUUGGCACAGAAAUCUCACUCAGUCUCGCUCAGAAGGAUAUGACAGGGAGUCUGAUGUACUUCGGUUCUCUCUUCGGGUCAUGGGCGUCGGGCUGGAUCAUGGGCGUGAUUGGGCGUCGACGCACCCACCAGCUCAACGCCCUUCCGUUCUUCGUCGGCUGGAUCUUGGUGGCCUUCGCGCCCCACGCCGAGGUUCUUCUGGCCGGGAGGUUCGUGCUGGGCCUGGCGGUGGGCUCCGUCAUGGUCACCGGGAUGUCCUACGUCCUGGAGGUGGCCGACACGAGCGUCCGCGGCAUGAUGUCCCUCAUACCCAACUUGGGCACGGUGCUGGGCGGGCAGUACACCUUCUGGCUGGGCACCGUGUUACAGUGGCACCACCUGGCGAUCGUGUGUUCCCUCCCUCUGUAUUUCAUCCUCCUGGGCUCCCUCCUGCUGCCGGAGUCCCCGUCCUACCUGGUGGUCAGCGGGCGUCACGGGGAGGCCUCGCGGGUCCUGCGGCGCCUGCGGGGUCCUCGCAGCGACGUCCAGGCGGAGAUCGAGGAGCUGGAGAGACGCAACAGCGCCGCGACGGGCAGGAAGAUCGGCCUGCGGGACCUGGCGAAGGGGCAGGUGUGGCGCCGCAUGCUGGUGGUGGUGGUGAGCUUCCUCCUGCAGCAGCUGUGCGGGAACGUCGUGCUCAAGAUCCAGACGACGCGGGUCCUCCAGGCUGCCGGACCGCCGCCCCUCGACCCCAAGCUGGCCUCGGGGAUCAUCGUCAUCAUGAGGAUCGCCGGCGUCCUCGUGUCCUUCUUCCUCUGGGACUCCAUCGGGCGCCGCCUCUGCCUCGUCAUCUCGCACGCCAUGAACGCCGCCGCCCUCAUCUUCCUCGGGGCCUUCGUGUACCUGGUGGACAACGCGCCGCCGGGGGACGAGACCUACCUCAGCUACAAUUGGAUACCGAUGGUGUGCCUGGCCAUAGCACUCUUCGCCGGGGAUAUUGGCAUCGACCCAAUCCCAUAUAUUCUCUCAGCUGAGUACUUCCCUACAAAGAUCCGAACUCAGGUCUCCUCCAUGUGCAUCGUCAGCGGCACCAUCUUCGCCAUCGGGGCACUGCAGUUGUACAGCCCCAUGAUCGCCCUCCUGACGCAGCCGGGGCUAUACUGGUUCUACGGAGGCACCAGCGUCGUUGCUACGGUCUUCUCCCUCGUCGCUGUGACGGAGACGAAGGCGCAGCCGGUGGGGUGAGAAGGGAAGUGACGAGAAACUCCUGUAGGGGAGGCGAAGGAAAGAGCGAGGCGGGAGCACGGUUUUUUUUUUUUUUUUUUUUUUGACAUUCCAUUCAUCUUUCAUUGUAUGGCGGGCUAGCGAAGACUAAGCCUAAGUAUGUCGUAUCAUGUCAGAUUGCUUUUGCAAAGAUACAAACUUCCACACGAUUUACAUCCAGCUUUCAUCUAGAAGACAUUCGCCAAUGACAUGCAUCAUAUCCCAAAUGACAAUAUACCCUUAACAAAAUUUCAAACAGUAUACUUCCUGCUUUUAACGUAAUAGUGGAAAUAUGGCUACACGUUUGCAUUGGAUGAAACAAAUAACCAAAACAAAUAACCAAAGUAUAUUGGCAAAAGUAUAGCUCGGAAAAGGAUACAGAUUCCAGGACAGUGUAGCAGGUCAGUAUAAAGCAUCGAUGAAUCUGCGUCCUUUCUCCCUUAGAAAAAAUCGCCCAUUUGAAACUGUUAGUACGACUUAAUUGCUCAGUGUCUUCGUCAGUAUUUACGGGGAAAACUCAGUAUUAACGCGUGUUUCUGUGGUGUCGCGUAAACCAUUGUAUUAUAUUUUUGAUGAGGGUUUUAGGUUUUUGUUUGUAUUGUUGUUUAAGAAAAUAAAAUUGCUGAAUAAUCCACAUGUUUUAGUAC